CUUUUCUGCGCACGCGUCCCUUGCUUGCGAUUUAUUUCUUCGGUGGAAAUGGAUUUUGAUAGCAAGUACCACAAAAGCCAAGUGAAUGGAACCAUUUAUAUUACCACACGCCAGGAACUGGCCAAGGACUUGCGAGAUUCACUGGAGCUGGGAGCUGGUGAGAUCUAUCUUAGAGACAUACCCAAAAACAUUUCGCCGGAGAUGAUUAUAAAGAUAGUCAGUGCCCUGGGCGAGAUCUAUGCCCUGCGCUACAAGAUCGACUUUUGUGGGGAUAGUCGCGGCUUUGCCUAUCUCCAGUACAUUGAUGAGAAGAUCAAGACCAAGGCUAUACAAAUUUUGCCACAAAGAUUUAAGACGAGGCGCUUGAACAUUCGCGUGUAUAAUUCAUUCAAUGCCCGGGAGCUGCUCCUCGAAAGUGUGAAGUCCUUCAGUCCCGUCCAGCUGUACCACGAGAUGCGGAAGUUUUCGCCGUUCACCAUGAUGCGCGUUUUCGAGCUCCAACACGAGCGAUUCACCUAUAUCUUAGAGUAUCGCAACAACGAGGCGGCCGCCUUUGCCCAUCGCGAUCUGCGUAACAGUAUCCGCAAGUUUGGCCCCCAGGCGUACAUCUCUUGGCUGGACAAGUGUCAUCCGGCGAGCCGCAGGUAUGGCAGAUCCGAGUGCUGCCAGGAACUGGACCUGGAGCUCCGGCUGCCCGAACCAAGCAAGUGCAAUUGUUUUAGAUUUAAGGAGUGUUAAAGAAGAGGAGACUUUGUAAACUUUUGAAGAAUUUUAAAGGGUUUAAAUAUUAAUAAUACAUUGUCAUAUAA